CACUAGAUAAUAUAGUUUAAUCGCUUCAAUGUUAAAUUCGGCACGAGACCUUCGGCCAAAAAUCGUUACCUAAAUAAAACGAUUAUAAAUUUUGAAUUAUAGCUGUUCUUUUGAGGUUUCAAGGUUUUUCUUUUAAAGGCUAAACGGUAAAUUGAUGAUGAUAUGUAGGUACCUAUAUAUACAUAUUCAGUGGUGUAGUGGAGGGUAUACGCGGGUAUACGGCGUAUACCCACUUCUCUGAUUUUUCGUAAGUGCGUAUACCUAUAGAAUAACACAUGAUACGCGGGUAUACGCAUAUUGGAAUGCAUUUAUUCAGUUAUUCUACAAACAGUGCAAAUUACGAAAGUAUAAGACUGUAAUUGGAUAUUAAUAUUAUCAGAUUAUCUAUUGCACAGCGUAUGAUUACCCAUGGCUAAAUAAUACCCAAUACUUAGCCAUGGAUAUACUGACCAUAGAGUUAUUUAUAAAUAUUGUGGGAAAACGUAUUAUAUGUACCUAACUGAUAAGACGCUACAAAACACCAGCAACGCCCGGCUUCGUCUACCAAUAAUAAUACAAUUAAUAAAUAAUAAUGUGUAUAACCACCAUAAUCGUCAUUCGUCAUUGUAGGAACUGCUGUCUGUUGUUUUUCUAACUUAUAUUAACAUAUUUUAAGCAUUUAACAAUUGUAAUAAACGUUAAACAUGGAACCAGAGAAAAAUAAGCGUGGAAGUAAAACUUUAUUUUCAUAUUUUUCAAGAAUAAAUCAAAUAAUUAUUACUCAAGACAUACCUAUGACAAGUUCUGUAACAGUUACUGACACAUUAAAUACUUUAAAUGAAGAAUUUGUUGAUGACCCAAAUUCAAGUUGUAAUAGUCUUGUAGAAAAAAAUCCUGAUCAUAAACAAGAACAAUGGCCUUCUGUGUGGUCACUUGAUCAGUGGCUUGAAAGGAAGUCAAAACAUCCUUGGUUAAUUUGUUUGGAUCAAAAAUUAGGUUGCAUUUUUUGUCAAGAGGUUGGUUGUUUGAAAACUUUUAAAAAACAAGGUGUAGAACUUUCAAAAGAAUGGAUUUCUUGUUUGAUUGAUAGUGGUAAACACUUAAAUAAGAAAACACAAUUAGCCAGUCUUCGAAAUAAGAUAAAGAAACAUGCUGAAUCCAGUGCUCAUCUUUUUGCUUGCAAUAUUAAGAAAGACAAAGUGUCUGAAACAUUAACUAAGAGCUUUGAAGGUCAACUAAGUAAAAAUCAAGAUUCAAAUGAAUAUAUUUUCCGUACUGCAUACUUUAUAGCAAAUCAUAAUAGACCUUUUGAUGACCAUUCAAAGCUUGUAGAAUUGCAAAAAUCUAACGGUGUGCACUUAGGUUCAAUUUUGCAUUCUAGGUACUCAUGUACUUCUAUUAUAAAUCAUAUUGCAUGCAAAAUGAGAGAAUCUAUUGUAAAAAAUAUAAUCAAUUCUGAAUCAAAGAUUUCUGUUUUAAUUGAUGAGUCGACAACAGUUAGCUCAAAAUCGUGUAUGGCAGUAUUCAUUAAAGCAUCAAUUUCUCAUGAGGAUCCAAUAUUUAUUUUCUUGGACUUAGUGAAAUUGGAAAAACAAACUGCUGAAAACAUAGUUAACCAACUUUUAAAUUGUCUGUUUACUUUUGGCUUUCAAGAUUCUUAUCUUCAACAUAACUGGGUGUCUUUUGUUAGCGAUGGAGCCAGUGUUUUAGUAGGGAAAAAAAAUGGAGUGACCAAACUUUUAAAAGAUAAAUAUCCAUUAAUAUUUUCAUGGCACUGCAUGAACCACAGAUUAGAACUGGCUGUAAAUGAUUGUAUGAAAGACGUUUCUGCAACUAACCAUUUUAAAAAUUUUAUUGAUAGUUUAUAUGUAUUGUAUAAUAGAUCACCUAAAAAUCAAAAUGAACUAAGAAAAUCAUGUAUAGAAUUAGACAUUUUAUUCUUAAAGGCAGGACGAGUUCUUGAUGUUCGUUGGGUAGCCAGUAGCUUCAGAGCAGUAGAAAUUGUAUGGAAAACAUAUCCAGCGUUAUACAACCACUUACAAAAUUCUUCAUAUGAUAACCUAAGAGAUCAAAAAUCUAGAUCUAAAUAUCUUGGAUUAUGUAAGCGGUUAGGAAGUCCAGAAUUUGUCUUAGACUUAGCACUAAUGUGUGACGUACUUAAAGAAUUGUCAUAUUUAUCUCGUGAAUUACAAAGUCAUUCAAUUACAUUGUCGCGUGCUGAUGAAUCAAUUAAAAGAACAAUCAGAGUGAUUGAUUCUUUUAAAACCAAAAAUGGAGAUUUCAUGUUAGAAGCUUUAACUGCACAAAAAACUAUGAUAUUCAAAACCAUAGUUUUAUCUAGUAAUAAAAAAGUAUGUUAUUUAAACCAUAAACAAUUUUUGACAAGUUUAUGUACUAACCUUAACUCACGUUUACUUGAAACAAAUGAAGAGGAAUCUUGUAUUUUAAAUGAUAUGCAAAUUUUAAAUGAACAUACAUGGACUUGUACAGUUGAAAAUAUAAGAUUUGGCGAAGAUGAAAUAAAGAGAUUGACGAAUAGAUUUCUAUUAAAUACAGAUAAUGCAAUUCAAGGCUUUCGAAAAUAUAUUAACAAUAAAAUUAUCAAUGACGAGUUAAAAGAAUUGGACAUUUUAAUAAAAACAUUUCCAGUUUCAACGGCUGAAUGUGAAAGGGGAUUUAGCCAAAUGAAUUUAAUAUGUUCAGAUCUCAGGUCUAGAUUAUCCGUUACUAACAUUUCUAGUCUAAUGUUUAUAAAUAUUAAUGGACCACCAGUUGCAAUAUGGAAUCCAACAAAUUAUGUAAAAAGUUGGCUGAUCAAACAUAGAUCUACACAUGAUAACAGAUCUCGAAAAGUUGCACAGAUAAAAUUAAAUGAAGAAAAGGCUAGUCUAUGGAAAAUUUUAUAAUUUAUUUUUUUGUUUAUAAUUAGAUUUAUGAAAUAUAAAUAUUAUAAUUUAUAUUGUAUUUAUACAUAAAAUUAUUUAUAUAUUUUAUUUUGUAUUUUAAUAUUUUCAUAUAAUUCUGUUUCUUAUUUUUAUUAAUUAAUAAUAUAAUAUAUAUGUGUAUAAUUUAAACUUAAAAAUCCUAUUUGAUUAAAACUUAAUAUUACUUGAAUACUUACUAUCUGUGUGUCAUUAACUCAAUAUAGCCCAUGUAGGUAAUCAUAAAAAAGAAAAAAUUAAAAUAUUUAAUAAUAUAUAAUAUAUAUAUUGUAGACUGUAAAGUCUUAAUUGCAGCAGGGUAGUAAUAUAGUGUACCUAUGUAAUAUUAUGAUAAAUAUAAAACAAAAUCAAUGAAGCAUUAAGGUAACGGGGGGGGGGGGGCGAAGCCCCCCACGUUUAUA